UAAAGUGUCAGGCACUGAAUCGGGGAGCCCGGUUUUUGUGCACUCGCGGUGGUUCACCCGCCGUUUCUUUGGCUCUCGUUCUUCUAGUCUUGUGUCUUUUUCAGGCCCGUCGUACCAGUUGUCUAGUUUUAUCUUCCUCGCCUUCUUUCUCUUUCCCUCCCGCGCAGCUCAGGAUGCAGGAAAAAGACGCCUCCCCGUACGGUUUCCAGCCUCGCUUCCAACAUUUCGCCACGCAGGCCAUCCAUGUGGGCCAGGAACCCGAGCAAUGGACCUCCCAUGCUGUGGUGCCCCCCAUUUCACUGUCCACCACGUUCAAGCAAGAGGCUCCCGGCCAUCACUCGGGUUUUGAAUAUAGUCGUUCUGGAAACCCCACCAGGAAUUGCUUGGAAAAAGCAGUGGCAGCACUAGAUGGGGCCAAGUACAGUUUGGCCUUUGCUUCAGGUUUAGCAGCCACUGUGACUAUUACCCAUCUCUUAAAAGCAGGAGACCAAAUUAUUUGUAUGGAUGAUGUAUAUGGAGGUACAAACAGGUACUUCAGGCAGGUGGCAGCUGAAUUUGGAUUAAAGAUUUCUUUUGUUGAUUGUUCCAAAACCAAGUUGCUAGAGGCAGCCAUUACACCCGAAACCAAGCUUGUUUGGAUUGAAACCCCCACAAACCCUAACUUGAAGAUGAUUGACAUUGAAGCCUGUGCACAUACCGUCCAUAAACAUGGCGACAUAAUUUUGGUCGUGGAUAACACUUUCAUGUCGGCGUAUUUCCAGCGGCCUUUGGCUCUGGGAGCUGAUAUUUGUAUGUAUUCAGCAACAAAAUACAUGAAUGGCCACAGUGAUGUUGUAAUGGGCUUAGUGUCUCUUAAUUCUGAGAGCCUCCACGAUAGGCUCCGCUUCUUACAAAAUUCUCUUGGAGCAGUUCCAUCUCCUGUUGACUGUUACCUCUGCAAUCGAGGUCUGAAGACUCUACAGGUCCGAAUGGAGAAGCAUUUCGAAAAUGGGAUGGCAGUUGCUCGGUUUCUGGAAUCUAAUCCUAGGGUAGAAAAGGUUAUUUAUCCUGGACUGCCCUCUCAUCCCCAGCAUGAGCUGGCAAAGCGUCAGUGCACAGGCUGUCCAGGGAUGAUCACCUUUUAUAUUAAGGGCACUCUUCAACAUGCUGAGACUUUUCUCAAGAACCUAAAGUUAUUUACUCUGGCUGAGAGCUUGGGAGGAUACGAAAGUCUUGCUGAGCUUCCGGCAAUCAUGACCCAUGCAUCAGUGCCUAAGAGCGACAGAGAUGCCCUUGGAAUUAGUGACACACUGAUUCGCCUCUCUGUGGGCUUAGAGGAUAAAAAAGACAUACUUGAAGAUCUAGAUCAAGCUUUGAAGGCAGCACACCCUCCAAAUGCAGGUCAUAACUAGCAUUCCAGGACUGCUAGUAGAAGUUGCUUCCUGAGAAGGUCAACUCUGCGUAAUCAAAUGGACAAUUAAAGAGCCUUUGCAGGAUUUUCAAGUGAAAAUUUUAAGGCACCUCAUUACCUUUCACAGCUGUAACCUUACAGGGAUCAUCCUUGUUAAAAACAGUUUCCUCUUUCUCUUGUUGUAAUUGACAGGUCAAUUCUGUUAUUCUCUUUUUGAUAAUUUUGGUAUGCAUUUCCCUCUGAAGGAGGUGAGAUUUGUGCUGCUUUUUGGGAUUGUGAUCUUUUUUUCAUAGCUUAAGGUUUAUAUUGAUCAUGUUUACAAUAUAGUGAUAAUUCAUUUUUGAUGUUUUUCUGAAGAAUUUAAAUUAUUAAAUGAAUGUUCUUAAAUCAAGUGUGAUAUUUGCAUAUUGUUGAAAACAGCACUUAAAGCAAUGGUUUACACUUAAUUACCAUAAGCCAAAAAUCAAAUACUUGAGAAGCCUACUGUGAAAUUCUGCUGAUUUAACGUUGUCCUUACUAUUUAAAAAAAUAAAUAAAUCUAAUUAUCAAAUGCAUCCUAUUGUGAUAUUCCUAUAUUAUGUGGCAUUAACUUGGAUUCCUGGGCCCUUUUAAUCCUCAGCAUUAAAGGUCUCAGCCACUUACAGUAAUUUUUGUAAAUUCAAUUGUGUAACUGUCAUGUCCAAAUCUUAGUGUUUGCAGAUUCGUUAUAGAUUCUAGCAGGGGAGGUCAAAAGCCACUUUUAUAGAGAGACAUACUAUUUAUAUUUUUAUCUGUAAUGGUAAAUUUACUGAGUCUAAAC